UAUGAAUCUGUAUAAAUUUAAAAUUUUAUUUUAAAUAUAAAAAAAAGAACGCCUUUCCCUCCAAGUUAUUUUCCCACUUUAUUUAUCAGUGUGCUAGCAACCAGUGGUUUUGCCCAGUGGGAACGAUUAUUGGUUGUACGGAGUUUUAAUAUUUAAAUAUAAUUAUUUUUUGGUAGAUCACUGUAUCAUCUAUAUAAUUUUGCCUCAGUCACAGGCUUUUUACAAGUUAUUAUAACUAAUCAAUUUUGAUCCAAAAUGACAAUUUUUAAUUGAUAAUUUAAUAACUCUACAGACGAAAUAAUUGUUAUAUUAAAAAUUUUGUAUAUUUUGUUCAUACUUAUUCUACUAUUAAUAUAGUAUAUACCUGUUAAACCGUGUUGAUUCUCAUUUAAGUUCUACCGAUAAUAAUAAAAAAAAAAAAUAGUAUACUUUUCUUUUUUAGUAAUCAACACCAUCAUCCUUAUCCUAUAAAUAACGCCCACAUCCGAAACUUUCGACCCUUCUACAUUUCUCUCUCUGGUUCUCUCUCUUUCUCUCUUUCCCCUUCCUAGCCCUUUCCAUGGCGCGGCUCCUCUCCCAAUCCCUAAUCCGCGGCUCCCAAACCCUAAUCCGAGCCCCCUCCGCCCCCGCCCCCGCGUCCCUCGUCGGCUUCCGCCGCCGCUCGAGCCUCUCCGAUAGGGUGGAGCUCAUCGAGGUGGAGGUGGGGGCGGAGGCGGAGGAGGUCGAGGUGCUCGGGAUGCGGCGCCUCGAGGACGCGAUCCACGCCAUCGUCGUGCGGCGAUCCGCCCCCGAUUGGCUCCCCUUCGUCCCCGGCGCCUCCUACUGGGUCCCGGCGCGGCGCCGCCCCUCGGGGAUCGCGGAGCUCGUGAGCAGGCUCGCCAACCCCAUGACGGAGGAGGAGUCGCUCUCCUUCACCACCGUGCGGGGAUGGCCCUCCUCCGCUUACUUCGUCGAAGGUGGGCCCCCGCAUCCUGUGAAGAGGAGGUCAAAGAAGGCUUCAGCCCAGACUGAUGAUGAAGAAAGUUGAGGGGUUGCUUGCUUAAUAUGGAGCUCUCUAUCACCGAGCAGCGUGGAAAUGCUAAAAUCUUCGUGCGAAUGACAUUCCAUUUGUACAGAGGGUGAGGGGCUCUCAGUGUUACCAGCAUAUCCUUCUCUCUUCAAGCUUCACCGCCGAGAAAAAAUAAAAACCCGGGGGAAUUUAAAAAAAAAGAAUGUUGUAGCUUCAUUGUACUAGAUCCUUCCCUUGAUCCCUGUUGUAAUGUAAUCAUCUCAUAAUGGAUCCAAUAUGUGAUAUACAAACUGAUGACCAGUAGUAGCAAUGAACGAACUCCGACUUUGUCUUUUGGAAAAAAGCAUAAGACAUGCACAUAAAUAAAUAGAUCAUUAAAAGCAACAAAUACCGGUGAAUUUGUGAUGCUUGUAUGGCCCUCUUUAUGCUAGUGUUAUUGUUGGUCAUUCAUGCUGGAUUGGAAUUUUGAAGUUUUUGUUAGUUGGGGGAGGGUAAUGCGAAGCAUGAUAGGGCAGGGUGUACGUAAAAUACUGAAUGUUGCAGAGCUAUCUGAAGUGCAGUGCAUAUAGUGCAUUUUGAUA